UACUUUGAGGACAUUUAGCGCUUGAAAAGAUGGUGCUUACUUUAAUUGAUUAUUUGUACUUCAGUCUUAGCUUAAAGCUCAAAAAUGAAAAGAGACCUUGGAUUCUACGUGCAAGAGAAGCUUCGGUUCAGAUACAAAGCAGAACAACACAGGAGGAAAUACUAUCACUGCCUCAAACUCUUAUUUAUAUAAGUUGUGGAUGGGAAAGUUUUAAAGAGGAUUGCAUUUCAUUGCUGUCUAGUAAGGCAUGGCAUUUGGACAAAGCCUAUGGAUUCAAUUUCUUCCCGGGAACCAAGAGCAUUGAGGUUUUGGCCAUCUUUAAAAGAGGCUCAGGAGUACCUGUGAAGAAAAAGAAAUCAGGAAAAAAGAAGAAAAAAUCCUCUUGAGAAGCUUUUAUUCAUGAAUGCAGCAUUUAAAGUGCCAAGAAAGUUCAGAUGUGCGUCGGGAGUUAGUUGCAUGAUACACUAGCGUGAAAGGAUAAAGAAUCCCUUGUCCAGAGAGAUUUAGAAUAGAAAGAAUCCUAUCCAAGAUAAUUUCUGUCUUUGCCUUGGUGGUUAAAAACUAAUUUUUGUAUUGUGACCAAAAUAGUUUGAUAUAUCGUAAUUUUUGAGGAAG